CUCCAGACCCUACUGCUGCUGUGCCUUAUGUGGCGGCAAAGUGCAUAGACUUACAGAAAGACCAUCGUAAGACCAAAUGGUUUAUACCAUGGGGACCUGAGCAAUGUAAUAAACUCAGAGACUUGGAUGAAGCUGUGAACAGACAAAUAGAAGCGAAUAACAUUGUGUUCGCCAUUCACAUACCACUUCCAAAUAAUGAGAUGAGUCCCUGGUUCCAAUUUAUUCUCUGCAUUUUGCAUAUGGACAUUGCUUUCAAGAGUAACAAUCAAAUUAACUAUAGAGCACGAAGGGAAGUUUUACGAUUGUGACUUUCUCCCAUUCAUGGAGAUUGGAACCGUAGCUCACAAAUACUAUCUUCUCAACAUUCGUCUUCCAGUGAAUGAAAAGGCAGGUAUUAAUGUAGGAAUUGGUGAAAUAAAGGAUAUCCGUUUAGUGGAUAAUCUUUACCCUUGGGAUCUCUAUGACUUUCAUAAACCUUCCAGUAGAGUGGUUUUCUAUUGGUUUUGACUGGACUUGGAUGCUGCUUUUUGGAGAUAUUCGUCAAGGGAUCUUCUAUGCUAUGCUUUUGUCUUUUUGGAUCAUCUUCUGUGGAGAGCAUAUGAUGGAUCAGAGUGAACGAAAUCGUUUUGCAGCCUACUGGAAACAAGUGGGACCAAUAGCUGUAGGUGCUUUCUGUUUGUUUGCCUUUGACAUGUGCGAGAGAGGAGUACAAUUAAAAAAUCCAUUCUAUAGUAUCUGGGCUACAGAUGUUGGCACAGAGUUGGCU